GGCAGCGCCUCCUCUCUGACAGCGCCCUCCUGUGACAGCGCCUCCUUCUGACAGCGCUUGAAUCCCUGCCGCUUGAACAUGCCACUCACAUGGCUGAUGGAGCUUUCAAGGCUCUGGACUGCAAGGGGCUGACCACCAUUGCGGCUUGCAACGCUUGGCCCUGUCCCAGUUGGUUGGCCUGCAAAACAAGCAGAGGGGGAAGGCCAGACAGCUGCUCAGCCAUCCAGCAAACAGACGGGAACGAGCCUCCAUGGCCCUCUUUGUCACUGCCCACCCAGACGACGAGAGCAUGUUUUUCGCCCCUGCAAUCCUGCGCCUGGUGGAGCAGGGGCUGCAGGUGGUGCUGCUGUGCCUGUCAACAGGCAAUGCUCAUGGGCUGGGGCAGCUGCGAUCGCAGGAGCUGCGCCAUGCCUGCAGCUUGCUGGGGAUUGAGGCAGAUGACAUAGUGCUGGUGGACGACCCGUCGCUGCCAGAUGGCAUGCUCCAACAAUGGCCGCCCGCCGUUGUGGCAACGCACGUGGCACAGGCGGUGCGGCGGUUCAAACCGCAGCAGGUCUACACCUUUGAUGCGGGAGGCGUGUCGGGCCACCCCAAUCACCUAGCUACAUGCGCGGGCGUGCUGCGUUGGUGGACAGGUACCCCCAGUAGCAGCAGCUUGAGCAACCUGCCUGAGCUGUGGCAGCUGGAGACGGUGGGGCUGCCUCGCAAGUACCUGGCGCUUCUGGAGGUGCCGCUGUCGCACCUGCUGACGCUGCUGCGGCGCUGGCAGAAGCCGCACCCGCAGAAGAGCUUGUGCAUCGUCGUGCGUGCUCGCCCAAGGCAGGCAUGGCGUGCCCUACUAGCGCACCGCAGCCAAAUGGUCUGGUACCGACGCUUGUGGCUGGUCAUGUCACGCUACAUGUACAUCAACACAUUUGUGAGGCAUUUUUGAAACAAGUAGAUACCUGGUUUUCCAUCGAACGAACACGCUGUUGAUCUUUUAAUGCAUGCUGAACCCGCAAAACAUCAGGAGCACCCCGGAUUUUGUAUCCCUCGGUUGCCUUUGCUAUCCCGGUUGUUCCGUCUGCAACACUUUCCUUCUUC